AUCGGUGUACACUACCGAUUGCUAUUUUUUUUUUUGAAAUGCAUACCGAUUGCUGUUGUAUACCCAUCUUCCAUCUGCCGCACUUCUCCCCAGAUCCCGCUCUGAACUUUUCCAACAUCCUCGUCUGUCGAUUGCUCCUCUCUAGCCAUCUUCUUCAUCUACUGAUUGCUACAUCUUUUUCACCUUUUUCUGAUUUUGCAUCUCCCUUUCCCAAUUGCUCACUCUAUCCAUCUUCCAUCUGCCGCACUUCUUGCCAGAUCCCGAUCUGAACUUUUCCAACAUCCUCAUCUGUCGAUUGCUCCUCUCUAGCCAUCUUCUUCAUCUACUGAUUGCUACAUCUUUUUCACCUUUUUCUGAUUUUGCAUCUCCCUUUGCCGAUUGCUUACUCUAUCCAUCUUCCAUCUGCCGCACUUCUCACCAGAUCCCGUUCUUCACUUUUCUGGCAUCCUCAUCCUCCUCAUCCCAGAUCCAGCGGAGUGGCCUCCAAUCUUCAACAGGCAAGCUCCCUUUUCUCAGACUUCAUAGAUUGUGGGUUUAUUAAUGUUUCUUUUUUCCCCCUUUUUGAUAUCUAGAAAGCAUGGGUUUUGCUUCAUUUUCAUUGAUGUGUUGGAUUUCAGCUUUGUUAAACAUAGAUUUUGAGAUAAUUAGGAUUAAAUUCAUCAAUUUCCAUGUCGAUUUCUUGGUUUCGUUCCUGUUCAUCAAUCUGCAUGCCAUCUUCUCUGCUUUUUGUUUUUCAAGCUUAAAUGGCUGAAUUAUUCUUGCAAAAAACUAGGAAACUAUAAGGGGCGAAAACAAAGAAAAAAGAAAAGAGGAAUGAUUACUGUCCAUAAUCAUGUUCCUUUUUCUUCAUUAUUCUAGUAAUAAAAUGUUUUAUUUGUUUAAAUGGGAUUAAAGUGUUAAGGUGAAAAUUUUAAAUUGUGGAUGAUAAUUACAAAGUAGCCAGUUCUAUUUUAGAUGUCACAUUAUUAAGUUCCUCUAGAAAAUUUGUGUUCUGUGGAAUUUAAGAGGAGUUGGAAAGAGUCAGAUAAAGAGUGAUGUAAUUAAUGUAUUAAAUACUACCAAAAACAAAAGAUGGUUGGAAGGAAGUACCCAUAAAGGUUCAGAAACCAUCUCCAAUUCUUCACAGUAUUUGCUUUGUUCCUCCACCUUGACAUGCAUUAAAACAAAGAUUAGCUAAAUAAUAAAUCAAGGCAAAAGGAAGUAAAAAUGUAUUGUUCAA